UGAUUGGGUAAACCCGCAACACGUGACCGCCCUUCAGCAGGAGUUUCUCCGACAGCUGAGCAGCAGCUAAAUGCGUCUUUUCACCUGUAACAUCGAUCCUUUUCAAGUCCUGUAAGACCGCGAUUCUCAAAAAAUGGGAGACAAGAAGAGUCCCACGAGGCCAAAGCGGCAAUCCAAGCCCUCCCCCGACGAUGGUUACUGGGACUGUAGCGUGUGCACAUUCAGGAACAGCGCUGAGGCGUUCAAGUGCAUGAUGUGUGAUGUCAGAAAAGGCACGUCAACUCGAAAACCUCGGCCUGUUUCUCAGCUGGUUGCACAGCAAGUAAAUCAGCAGUUUUCCCCACCAACACAUCCCAAAAAGGAGAAGAAAGAAAAAUCAGAGAAAGACAAAAGUGAUAAAGAACCUACACUGAAAAAGAAGGGCUAUAAAAAGAUGAGGCCCAGGUUAAAAAACAUAGACAGGAGCAGCGCCCAGCAUCUGGAGGUCACAGUUGGAGACUUGACUGUAAUAAUCACAGACUUUAAGGAGAAAGCCAAACCCACGUCCACUUCAGUAACCACAGCCUCAACAGACCAACACAAUCAGAGCGGCUCAAGCUCUGAUAAUACUGAACGAGGCAUCUCCAGAUGCUCUUCGCCCCGUGGGGAAAGCUCGUCAGUUAACGGAGAGACUCACUAACAUCCACAGCCCUGGUCAGCACAACCCAUUCUCCUGCACUCUCAACAACCUCAGAGAUUAAACUUCAAAAUGCACAUUAUUUUAAUAAUACUAUAAAUCCCACUAUGAUAGCAUUCACUUAUUUUUUUUUUUUCCACUGCCUUUCAAUAAUAAAACAAUUCAUGAGUUAAGAUGUAAGAUGUCUGCUUGGUUCAAAGACCUGUUGCAGCAAAAUCUAUCAUGAUGAACUGAGAAAAAGGAACUGUAGCAUUAAAUCCUGGACGUCAGAGGAACUGCGCCACGUGCUGUGGCAACUUGCGUUUUAACACCUCAGUGUCACACAAGCAUCGCUUUCAGUUUGUCGUUACAGCACAGAUUAAAUGAUGUAUUGUGGAAGAAACGUGUCUUCAUCUCACAAUUGUAGCUCAUCCUCUGAAAAUUGUUGUGUUUUUGCACUUAAUGUCAACCUUUGUUGAUGAGAAUGUUUCUGGGUUUUUUUGUUGUUGUUUUUUUUUUUUUUUUUUUUUUUAAAAGCAUUAUCAUUUUACCAUUAUCAUAAAUCAUAACACUGUUGGUUUUUCUGGCCUUAUCCAGCUCUCAUUUUUAUGCCGUUGAAUGCAAUAACUGUUUACUGUUUAACUUUUUAGUACAAAUAUUGAUGAGCUAUUCUCGGUAUGCUUCUCCUUCACUUGGUAGAGUUGAGCAUGAUCUAAUCUAUAGAAUGGUUUAUAUUGUAAAAUGAUGUUGAAUAAAGUAAGUUGUAGAUAUUUGGCUAUUUUUGUUUUUAAUGAUCAAAAAACUGUUAAAUAAAUUUCUGCAGUUACUGAACACAA